GCCGCACCCACCCAGCAAAGAAGGGAAAAGUUUUACAGGGAAAUACACCACCGUAAUAGAAACCAGGGAGGCAUUCCUCACUCGCAGCAAACACGGCCGCAGUCGAGUUUGGCCCUUCUCCAUGUCACGUUCCCCGUCGCGAGACCAGACAUUGUGCCACGACGACUGGGCCAAACACCUCCAGCACCCAUGGUUUGGUGCCUGACCGCCCCCUCGUCCUCUCCCUCCCCCUCGCCAAGGUGUGUUGUACUCCUACGUGAUCGCGCUCUUGUAUACCCCGAAGGCGAUCCGGCUGCAUCUUCCGGUACGCCCGCGUCUUCCAAUCGCUGGGCUAGCAGCAGCUUCACGGGUGGCCAUGUGGAGAAGCAGGAAAAACAGAACCCAUCGAGGGUGACGCGCGCACCCCUAUCCUCGAAUUUCGAGGCGGCGCAGUUGACCAUGCCGCCGCAAUCUCUUCUCUUGCCCACCUUUCCACCCACAUCUUUCGGGCUAGUCUCGCAUUCGUACAGCCCGCACGGCCACGUACGCAUUCCCAACACCGUAUCAGGGCCGCCAGCCCGCGGGGGGCGUUGCACUUGUGCCCGAUCGUGUAUAUAUCUUGGCAUGCGGCUCUCCGGCUCUUGGUUGCCUUCCCAUCACCUUUCACAAACGAGCCCCGAGACCUCCCUCUCCUCCCAAGUCGCCAGGCGCCAACUUCGCCCUAAAACUUCGAGUUCCCACAGACUGACGCAUCGACACACCAGCCUGUCAUGAUCUCGCUCUACCGGCAUAUAAAGAAGAAGCAGGCGCGGGAGAAUGGCGGCAAACCUCUAGCUCCGCCUCCCUGCGUCCACCAGAGAGCCGGCACGGGGGCCCUUCAAAUCGACCUGCCGAACAGCUCCAGCGGCCCCCUGGCCUCGCAAGAUGAGCCCAAGAUCGAGGCCGAAGCUCAGACAGAACCACCCAUCUCGAGCGGCAAGUGUGAGAGCUGCCGCGAUGAAGCGCGAGCAGCCACAAAGUACAGGAUCAAGAUCAUUUGCGGACUCAUGCUCCCCUUUGCUCUACAGGCCCUGGACGUCACCAUUGUUGCCAGUGCACUACCAUGGAUUGCCAAAGACUUUAACGAGGUUUCCCAGCUCAACUGGAUCAUCUCGGCCUUCAACCUGACCUCGGCGGCCUUCAUUCCCUUUUGGGGCCAGAUGGCCGACGUCUUUGGCAGGCACCCGACCCUGCAGACGUGCGUCCUCAUCAUGAUGGCCGGGAGCGCCCUCUGCACGGGUGCGCCGACCGACGCCUUUCCCGUCCUCCUGCUCGGCCGCGGCCUCCAGGGGCUGGGCUGUGCUGGCAUGGGCGCCAUCGUCCGCAUCAUCAUCGCCGACAAAGUCAGCCUCAAGGAGAAUGCCAAGAAUUGGACCAUAUUUGCGUUUACCGCCGGCUUGAGCUACAGUAUUGGUCCAGUCAUAGGAGGCUACCUUACAAGCACAAACUGGCGCUGGUGCUUCGGCAUCAACCUCCCGAUCUGCGCCGCCUCCGUCGUCCUCGUCUUCCUCGUCCUGCGCAAGGAGCUCAUCGGCCCCCGCCCCGUCCGCCAGCGCGCUGACAACGGGGUCACCCUCGUGGCCGCCCCGGUCCCCACCGGCCGCCUGGCGAGGUUCUGGACCCGCCUCAGCACCGUCGACCUGGGCGGCCAGCUCCUGUUCCUGGCCGGCUUCGGGCUCGUCGUCCUGGCGCUGACGUGGGGCGGUGUCUCGUACGCGUGGGCCAGCGCACCGGUCCUGGCGUCGCUGUGCGUCGGCCUCGUCCUCGUCGCGGCCUUUGCCCUGUGGGAGAGGUCCAUGGCGCCCGGCGGCACGCUGGCUGCCAAGUUCACGCGCCAGAGCGCCAUGAUCCACUGGGAGCUCCUCGCGUCCAAGGAUGUUGGCCUGUUGGCCUACAUCAACUUUGCGACCGGCGCCGCCAUGUACUCUGUUUUGUACUUUUGCAACAUCUACUUCACCAUGGUGAAGUCCUACGAUGCUAGCAAAGCUGGAGUCCAGCUCAUCUACUAUACACCAGGCCUUGGAGCCGGCGUGCUGCUGGCCAGCUUGCUUUGCAACAGAUGGCCGUGCAACACCUUCGCCCCGCUCAUGCUGGGGUCCGUCGUCGAGGCCGUCGGCGUCGGCGUUCUCGCCUGGGCUCUGUACGACGAGAACAUAGCGACUAUCUACGGAAUGAUGGCCCUCACGGGCGCUGGCACCGGUCUGAGGUUCCUUCCAGUCCAGCUCCACGCAGUCGGCUUCUUCCCCCGGCACAUCGCGACCAUCAUCUCGCUCAUGGGUGUCAUGCUCCCCUUCGGCGGCACCUUGGGCCUCACCGUCAUGACGGCCGUCUUCAACAACAACCUGCUGGGCCGGGGCGACGACGGCACCAACGCCCACAACUUUGACGAGCUGUCCAGGCUCCCCGAGGAGGUCCGGGCAGCCGCCAUGGGCAAGAUAAAGAUGGCCAUCGUCUGGGCCUUUGUGGCAAUCGUGCCGUUUAUGGUCCUGUGCAUGCUGGCGGCCUCCCUCCUGGGCAAUGUGAAGAUCACCAGGGACGCGCAGAACCAAGAGCCUUCCGAUGAGGAGGGCGAGAGGGGCAAAGGCGUGGUCGAGGGUAUCUAUCUGCUACACCUCCUGAGGAGGAACCGCUCGGCAGUGACGUCUCCGGACGGGGCGGGUGAGGAGAUGCAGCCCAAAACUCUUGACCCGGAGGCCCAAGCGAGGAGAGUCGAAUAACAAAGGGGGGAGAGCACCAAGGGCCCAUAUUUCCAGAUCCUCAUGUCCGGUUGCAUCGGGAGCACAGACGUGGUCGAUUGUGCCUCGGAAUCACAAGAGGGGGUGUAUCCGGUGUUUCGGAUUUUUUUUGUGGUCAUUACAUCGUCAAAUUUGUGCUCUCUUCUUUACGCACCAAACCAUUGAACAACCUUGAGCUCGAACUGAGAGCUGACAGAGCACGCUUCGCCCGGGUAAAAUAACCUAUCAUGUCACGUUCCAUCUUAGGGAAGGAUAAGAAUGAAAGCAAAGAUGUGAAAAAAGAAGGGGGAAGGAUGGAAAGAAGAGAAGAAAAGCAAGUCCUGUAAAAAAUGAAAAACACCUUUAUCCAUCCUGUUGCGGGGCUGUACUCUGGCUAAUGAUACUCUCAAG